AUGGGCACAAAACCCGUUCUUGUAGUCCAUGGUGGAGCUUGGGCAAUACCAGAUGAGUUUGCUGAAAGAAGCAUCCUGGGAGUUAAAAAUGCAGUUAAGAAUGGCUUUGCAGUGCUGGAAAUGGGAGGAAGUUCAAUGAAGGCUGUUGAAAUUGCUGUGCGGGCCUUAGAAGACGAUACUGUGUUUGAUGCAGGUCAUGGUGCUGUACUGAAUGCUGAUGGUUAUGUGGAACUUGAUGCAAUCAUCAUGAAUGGUAAAACUCUCGCUGCUGGCGCAGUCUCCUGCAUCAGGAACAUUUCUAAUCCGGUGACAUUUGCUUGUUCAGUCUUGGAAAAGACACCUUAUGUGAUGCUCACUGGAACAGGUGCUAACCAGUUUGCUGAGAAGCUAGGCAUACCUCAAGUGCCUGUAGAAGAGUUAGUAACAGACCAUGCCAAAGCUGAAUGGGAGCAAUACCGCAAAUACAAGCAGACUGUCAAAUCACUUUUUAACACAGAAUUGGUUCAUGACACAGUGGGUGCAGUUGCUAUAGACUGUGAAGGUAACAUGGCUUGUGCAACUUCAACUGGAGGCAUCACAAAUAAAAUGGUUGGACGUGUUGGUGACACCCCAGUCAUAGGUUCAGGUGGCUAUGCUGACAACCUUGUUGGUGCUGUCUCUGCAACUGGUCAUGGAGAGUCCAUCAUGAAAGUCACCCUUGCAAGGCUUAUCCUCUUUCAUAUGGAACAAGGAGACCCUGGUUCAAGUCUUUGUUCUGGAGCAGGAACUUCAAGUUGGCUGGGUGCAUGCUUCCCAGGUAAAACUCCAGAGGAAGCUGCAGAUUCUGCUCUUCACUAUAUGGAGAAGAGAGUCCAUGGACGGGGAGGAGUUAUAGUUGUCAACAAAACUGGAGAAUGGACAGCACGAUUCACCACCAAGCGGAUGGCGUGGGCAGGCAUAAAGGAAGGCGUGUUAAUGUAUGGCCUAAAUCCAGGAGAAACAAUUCAAGAAAUAAUUAAACCCUCCAAAUAA